CAAAGUAAGGAAGCGAAUGUGGCCGGUCGCCUGAACGUUCGAACUGGGCGUGUCAAAUCGCGUUUGUUUGGUGUGGUGGACAGGACCCGUGUAGCCGCUCCGGAUUUUGGAUUGAGGGAGCACGCUUGCAAUGCCUGCGAUUGUUGCGUUUACGGCCCUCCUAUUGCUGUCCCAACAGCCGGCCGAUGUGCCUUUAGCUCCGCCCACCAACGUGACGGUGAAUUGCACGGACACUCGGGGUAUUGUGCACUGGCAGUACGGCGAGGAAGCCCAUGUCCGCUUUCUGGUCGAUGUGGGCAACUCCAAGAGUAAGCCCGAACGAAAUGCGACGAAACAGCACUUCUACAAAAAUAUAACCGCUCGGGUGUGGGAGUCGAUGGAGAGCGCCAUGGACGUGCACUACGUCAGCGUGGCCGCCGUGGUACCCGACGGACGCUUGUCCCGCCGAAUCUCCACCACCUUCACGUACAAUAGAGUCAAGAUGGCCGACGUCAAAUGUAAGUUGGGCAUUCCUGACGUGGACGUGAAGGCGGACAACGGGAGCACCACUGUCAGCUUCCGCAACCCGUUGCGCCACGACCCCCAACUGCGCCACGCCACAAGGGGGGCCGCCACUUUCAGAUUCAAUGCUACGUAUGACUCUGGGGAGGUGGAGGCUGUCUGCGAACCAUACCAGAACGUGUGCCGGGCAAACGUGACCUUCCCGCCGGGUUCCGACGAGUGCGUCACGCUGACGGGAUGGGUGAGCGACUCCGGGGGCGGCCGGCUGGACUUCGGGCCGUCUCGCCGCAUUUGCGUGAAGGGCUCGUCGGGGCGCGCGACGCUGCUCAUUGGGCUGCCCAGCGUCCUGACCAGCGUCCUGGUGGUGGGGGGGCUGCUCAUCUGCGUGGUGGCGUUGGUGUGGAGGCUGGUCGUAAAGGCCCCCAAGGAACAUCUCUUUCCUCAAGUGUCUGCUUGUUGCCAAAAUUGGAUUAAUUGGAUUCAAAGUUGCUUCGCGGGCUUAAGUGAGCUGCUGCCCCAGGAGGAAGAAGUGGAGGAAGUGGAACACAAAAAACUGAAGGUGGAAGAGGACGAGAAGGGGAAAGGGUGCUGGGGCUCAAAUUACGACCAAGUCCAUGAGAACAUGCACUUGUGUGGCAUAUGUAAGCAUGAUAUAUAGUUUAUAUAGAGUUAUAUGGGCCUGUGGAAUAAUUUGAACUGCAGCUGACGAGUGUGUAUACAUGCAAAUUAAUAAAUAAAAUAAUAGUUUACACAA